UCUUAUGUCAUGUCAAAAAAGCCACAAGAUCAAAUGUACACCUAUGUUAUUGUAUGACGCAAUUUGAUUAGUGUUUUGAAAAUUACGCCGCAAGUAAAAAUAGCUAAAAGCGUAUUUACGUGUUGGGCGUUUAGAUUCUAUAACAACAAAAUGAGGAACGUAGUCAAUGAGUACUUCGAUGUUGCUGUGGGGGUCGUGAGGAAGGCAGGGAGAUUCAUCACGCAGUAUGGAUCCGGAUGCGAAGAAUUUGAAGUAAAGAGCUGCGACAUUGAUUUCGUGACCAAGGUCGAUAAAAUGGUUGAAAACUUUAUCAUACAUAGCAUUACCAAACAAUAUCCUUCUCAUAAAUUUAUCGGAGAAGAGUCCGUGGCAGGCGGGGCCAAAGUUAAUCUCACCGAUGAGCCGACCUGGGUGAUCGAUCCCGUCGAUGGAACUAUGAAUUUUGUUCACGGGUUUCCGUUCAGCUGCAUUUCCCUCGCCUUACUUAUUUCCAAGGAGCCGGUGCUUGGGAUAAUAUACAACCCCUUGAUGGACAAGCUGUAUUCGGCGAAGGAGGGCCAAGGUGCCUGUUUGAACGGAGAACCGAUACAUACGUCAAAAGUCAAAGAACUUCGUCAUGCGCUCGUCGCUUUCGAAACUGGUACGAGUCGUGACGAGGAAAAAGUUAAAGUAGUGUUUGAGAAUUUCAAAACAAUGGUGGGCCAGGCUCACGGCAUCCGCGCACUGGGCUCUGCGGCCUUAAACAUGGCUAUGGUGGCGGAGGGGAGAGCCGACGCUAACUUUGAGUUCGGGAUUCACAUUUGGGACAUCGCCGCGGGCUGUCUGAUAGUGAAGGAGGCAGGAGGUGUGUGCAUUGACCCCAGCGGCGGGCCCAUCAACUUACUCUCACGCCGCAUGCUGUGCGCCGGUCGCGAAGAUCUUGCCAAUGAAUUAAGCAAAAAAUUAACUCAGUAUUACCCUGAUCAUGAUUAAGUCACCUUAACUGAUCAUUCUUGGAAAUACUGGAAGUUAAGGUUCCAUGUUUAUAUGUGUUUGAAGUAGUAAUAUGUUGUAAACAUUGUGUAUUUCUAUUCAAAUAUUUCUAAAAUACUGAUUUCCCUGUAUUAAAUUUACUUAGUGAGUCUUUUUCUCAAUGUGCAUAAGGAAUUAGAAUGUUGUUUUCUAUCUCAAAGGCUCCGGAGAUAUUUUGUCUCUAAAUCUUGUAUGAAUCUCAGAUACAGAAUAUUUAAGAGAUUGCAUAUGAAAGUAAAAAAUCAUUGUUUCCAAAAUGGAGACAAUGAUGGGACCACUUGUUGGAAACAAACAAAUGGUCAUAAAUAAUUUUGUACCUCUAAGUACAUUAGAAGGGUAACAUUAUUUUUCUUUAUUUGCGUGUGAUAAAACAUGUUUUUCUUGCAUUCCUUCAAUAUACUUUUACUACAUAUUUUAUGUAACAAAUGAUAACUUUUUUAAAAUUAAAAUAUGAGGUGUUAAUAGAAUCUUAGUUUUUACAAUUUGAUUAAUUAACCAGUGUUUUAAAUCAUUUUUCUACUGUUUAAAAUUAACCAAUUGAAACUGACCUAGAGUUCAAAUUUACCAAAGACUAGUCAUGGAUAACCAAAAUUGAUGACUUGCAGAUCAGAUCAUGGUAUGCAUGAUGAAUCAGAUCUGUGAACCGGCUCACAGAUCAGCUUAAUUUGUACUUAAAUAAGGGUUUUUUUUUAUCUGUUGAGCUGAUGCUCAACAGUUCCUAGCUGUGUGAGCCAAUCUUAACCCGUUCAGAGCUGAUUUACACACAUCUACUAAAUACUUAGAUAAUUUAGUCUCAAAAUAAACAUGUCAUUCCAACAACAAAGUUGGUUUGCCUAAUAUUAAUUUAUAAUUGAUACUCAAAGUAUUGUUGAAUUUAUUUAAUUUUAUAGUGAAAUAAAAGAUAAUUUAAUUUUAAUUUUUAUUCACAGCUUUUGAAUUUCAAUAUUCAAACAUACGAAGCAUUACAUCCAUUUGAUGGGGCUUGUGAAUUAUUUACUUAAUCUACAAUAACUUUAUAACUUAUUCAUAUAAUGUAACUUUUAAAUUAUUAAUUCAUGUAUAUUGUAGUGUUACCAUAAUGUCAUAUUCAGUCAAUGUAAAUGACAAUUUAUAUAAUAAAAGUCUAUCAAAUA